CACAGCGGCGCGAUGAUGGACGUUAACAGCAGCGACCGCCCGGACCUCUACGGGCACCUGCGCUCUUUCCUCCUGCCAGAGGUGGGGCGCGGGCUGCCGGACCUGAGCCCCGACGGCGCCGGCCUGGUCGCGGGCUCCUGGGCUCCGCACCUGCUGCGCGGGGUCCCCGAGGUAACCGCCAGCCCUGUGCCCUCCUGGGACGCGUCCCCGGACAAUGCCUCGGGCUGCGGGGAGCAGAUCAACUACGGCAGAGUCGAGAAAGUUGUGAUCGGCUCCAUCCUGACGCUCAUCACGCUGCUGACGAUCGCCGGCAACUGCCUGGUGGUGAUCUCGGUGUGCUUCGUCAAGAAGCUCCGCCAGCCCUCCAACUACCUGAUCGUGUCCCUGGCGCUGGCCGACCUCUCGGUGGCUGUGGCGGUCAUGCCCUUCGUCAGCGUCACUGACCUUAUCGGGGGCAAGUGGAUCUUUGGCCACUUUUUCUGCAACGUCUUCAUCGCCAUGGACGUUAUGUGCUGCACGGCCUCGAUCAUGACCCUGUGCGUGAUCAGCAUCGACAGGUACCUUGGGAUCACGAGGCCGCUAACGUACCCUGUGAGGCAGAAUGGGAAAUGCAUGGCGAAAAUGAUUCUCUCUGUCUGGCUCCUUUCUGCCUCCAUCACUUUACCACCACUCUUUGGCUGGGCUCAGAACGUGAAUGAUGACAAGGUGUGCCUGAUCAGCCAGGAUUUUGGCUACACGAUUUACUCUACCGCAGUGGCAUUUUAUAUCCCCAUGUCCGUCAUGCUUUUCAUGUACUACCAGAUUUACAAGGCUGCCAGGAAGAGCGCCGCCAAACACAAAUUCCCUGGCUUUCCGCGCCUCCGGGAGCCAGGCAGCAUCAUCUCCCUGAACGGCAUGGUGAAGCUCCAGAAGGAGGUAGAAGAGUGUGCCAACCUUUCGAGACUUCUCAAACACGAAAGGAAAAACAUCUCCAUCUUUAAGAGGGAACAGAAAGCAGCCACCACCUUGGGGAUCAUCGUCGGGGCCUUUACUGUGUGCUGGCUGCCAUUUUUCCUCCUCUCAACAGCCAGACCCUUCAUCUGUGGCACUGCCUGCAGCUGCAUCCCACUAUGGGUGGAGAGGACAUUUCUGUGGCUAGGCUAUGCAAACUCUCUCAUUAACCCUUUUAUAUAUGCCUUCUUUAACCGGGACCUGAGGACCACCUAUCGCAGCCUGCUCCAGUGCCAGUACCGGAAUAUCAACCGGAAGCUCUCAGCUGCAGGCAUGCAUGAGGCCCUGAAGCUUGCCGAGAGGCCUGAGAGACCCGAGCUUGUGCUGUAAGACAAAACUCUGACUACUGUAGAAAAAAAAGUCAUGAUUCAUGAUCAAAAGCGAAAUCGUGGAGACAAAAGAAACAAGGCAAGACAGAGGUGGAAACAGAACGAAAUCAUUUGCUGAGACUAUGGAAUGCGGCUUCCGUCCUUUCUUGGGAUGGCUCAAACAUGACAAGCAGGGUGAUCUGUUGUGCAAAGUAUAUUACGAGGAAGAUGGUGACUUCUCUUUUUUCUCUGUGGAUCAGUGCUGUUGUGCAAAAGAACAUAGCUCUCAGUUUAAGACAGCCAGAUCAGUUCGGCAGUAAGUGCGCGGGACAGAGCUGAGUUCCAGAAAGGAAACAGUUUCUGGUGCUUCACGUAUGUCCAAGUCACGCACGUGGAAGCAAAUUCCAAUGCACACUUCCCAUGCUUCUGAGUCUAGGUGUUGUGGUGAAUAUUCAGGAAUCAUUUGUGAGACAGAAUUAAUUUUGUUGUAGGACCGAGGAGUGUUUUUCCAAGCUAACUGUGGUAAGCAUAGUGUUGAAUAUGUUGCAUGUCCGUGUUAGAAAACAGAAUCCCGUCAUCAGUUCAUACAAAUGAUUUCCUAGAGCAGUGUCUGUUUCAAGCUUCUGUCAAACAGUUUGGCUUUUCUGCAGGGUCCCUGUGACUUUCCCACCAAUGUACUUUCUUUGUUAAGUCGCUUAUUAUGGUAUAACUCAGGAAUAGAAGAUCUCAGGAUGGAGAGAACCAUAAAAUCUGAAUAAAGCUUUUUUUUUUUUUUUUUUUGGGCUCAUACUUCUUCUGAGGGGUCCUGAGAGGUGAGGGGGAUUCUUUCCGUGAGGGCUUUUACCAGGAUGAAGAGCUAGUGCUACCUAACCACAUCAUACAUUAAUAUGGUAGUUGGCACCGAACUUUUGACUCUCAUUACACAGGGGUGCAAUGGGCCCACGAGCUGGUCCAUAACUGUGUGUUUUUUUGGGAGGAAGUAGGGGAAUAAUGGGGUUUCCAUGAAAGGUUGUGAUGCUUCUACAAGUGGAGCAUCAAUAGGUUAAUUCUCACUGAGCAGCAUUGUGUUCAACUGAAUUGUGUGACCCGGAGGUCACCUGGGCCCGCUACUGGUAAAUGCUCCAGAAUACCCUUCUGUUCCUUCGGAAGGACUUGUUUUUGUGUUCUCUGUAUCUAAAAAUGAAAUGUGUGCCUGGCCAAUUCUGUCGUCCUCCCAUCUCCCUCCUCAAAGUGGUAAGCAUUAAGGGCAGACAAACAGAAGAGGUCCCUUCAUGGAUAGUAUUUUUAUUUUUUAUUUUUGUGGAACUAUGUAAUAUUAUGAACUAAGGAGACAGAAAGACAAUAGAUCAGAAAAGAAGAGUACCUCUAAGGGGGGAAAAAAUGAAUGCAGACUUUUAUUUGAUAAAAGAGAACUGAAAGAGAAUAUUAUUUUCCUACCAUAAAUGUAGCUGUUCCCUCACAGGAUAAUGUGGAAUUCCAGUGUGGAUUAUGGAUUUCUUCCAACUUUCACUGACAUCGCUUCUUACCAGACUCAGGGAAGGGUCUGCCUUCCCCGAAAGGGGAGGUGGGCCCUGUCCUUGCAGACAAAGCUUGUACAAAUUCCUGAACUGCAGAGUUGCUAAAGUGACUGUAUAUACUUAUAUUCAUAAUUUAAAUGAUUAAUUCUGGUCAGAUAAAUGUUGUUAAAUUUGAAAAUGUUUUAUUACAUUAUAUCAAAUAAAGCUUAUUUAUAGCUGUAAUAAAGUAAUAAGUAAUGAUUUUUAAUUGAA